UGAUCGCAGCAUCAGGCAGUCCCGUGAAACAUUUGCGUGGGAGUUCCCUCCACCGCCAUGUUGGGGGUGCAUCGCUCUCUCUCCCUCUCUCCGUUCAUCCUCCCCCACAUUAACAGCUUAGCACAGCAGCAGCAGCUCCUACUGUACAGCAUCCAGCAUCCAGCAUCCAUCCCUGCCUGGGGAGCAGCAGUCCUACCCGGCGCAGCACCGACGCACGGAGGGGGCGCAUCAUCUAAGUGAUGCCACAGCAUCAGUCGCAUUUCGACAACAAAUACUGAGAGUAGACUCUAAAAGGAGGGAGAGAAAACAGCUUCAGCCUCGAAGACAGCAACUGCCCAUGAAGAUGUCUAACGCUGACCUCGUCUUAAACGCCACCGAUCGGAUGGUGAAAUCUGUCCCUUUCCCCCUGAGCCACCGCCUUACAAUUAAGGAAGUGUUUGACUGCGAAGGGAAACCUCGUGUGGAUCUCCUGAAGGCCCACCUCACCAAGGAGGGCCGUGUAGAAGAAGCUGUGGCACUUCGAAUUGUCAGCGAGGGAGCAGCUAUCCUGCGCCAGGAGAAAACUAUACUGGACAUUGAAGCACCAGUCACAGUCUGUGGUGACAUCCAUGGGCAAUUCUUUGAUCUGAUGAAGCUGUUUGAAGUGGGAGGAUCACCAGCCACAACAAGGUACCUGUUCCUUGGGGACUACGUGGACCGUGGCUACUUCAGUAUUGAGUGUGUUUUAUACCUCUGGUCGCUGAAAAUCCUCUAUCCAAAGACACUAUUUUUACUUCGGGGAAAUCAUGAAUGUAGACAUUUGACAGAGUAUUUCACCUUCAAACAAGAAUGUAAAAUCAAGUACUCAGAGCAGGUUUACGACUCAUGUAUGGAUGCAUUUGACUGCCUUCCCCUGGCUGCACUCAUGAACCAACAGUUUCUGUGUGUUCAUGGUGGGCUCUCACCUGAAAUACACACCUUAGAUGACAUUAAAAAGUUGGAUCGGUUCAAGGAGCCACCGGCCUUUGGGCCCAUGUGUGACCUGCUGUGGUCUGAUCCUCUGGAGGAUUUUGGCAAUGAGAAAACCCAGGAAUAUUUCAGCCACAACACAGUGCGAGGCUGCUCCUACUUCUACAGUUAUCCAGCUGUUUGUGAGUUCCUACAGAGCAAUAACCUAUUAUCAAUUAUCCGAGCGCAUGAAGCACAAGAUGCAGGCUACCGGAUGUACCGUAAAAGCCAGACUACUGGAUUCCCAUCCCUCAUUACCAUCUUCUCAGCACCAAACUACCUGGAUGUUUACAACAACAAAGCUGCUGUACUGAAAUAUGAAAAUAAUGUCAUGAACAUCCGACAGUUCAACUGUUCACCCCAUCCCUACUGGCUGCCAAACUUCAUGGAUGUCUUCACCUGGUCCCUGCCAUUUGUUGGCGAGAAAGUCACAGAAAUGCUGGUGAAUGUGCUGAGCAUCUGCUCUGAUGAUGAACUCAUGAUGAAUGAUGAAGAUGAGAUAUUUGAUGCCAAUGCAGCCGCAGCACGCAAGGAGGUGAUCAGGAACAAGAUCCGCGCUAUUGGGAAAAUGGCCAAAAUGUUCUCAGUUCUCAGAGAGGAGAGUGAAAAUGUGUUGACGCUUAAAGGCCUGACGCCCACUGGCAUGCUGCCGAGCGGGGUUCUCUCUGGAGGCAAGCAGACACUGCAGAGUGCCACCAUUGAAGCCAUUGAAGCCAUCGAGACAACUGAUGAGGACGGAGAAGCUAUCCGUGGGUUCUCCCCCCAGCACAAGAUUGCCAGCUUUGAGGAAGCCAAGGGCCUCGACCGCAUCAACGAGCGCAUGCCACCUCGCAAGGACGGGGUGAACCAUGUGGGUCACUCCAUGGGAAAGAUGAAUAUGUCAGAGGCAAACGGCACGGAUGACAACAGCAACAUUUAGUCACGUGCUGUCCGAGCCUCAGAACCGUUCUGCUGUUGCUCUGUGCAGCAAGACAUUGCCAAAUUGGGAAUUCAGGCCUCAGAACAGAGAAAAAAAACCAGGCCGACUGACAGAACAUGAAUAUCUGCAGCAAAACUAAAACGGGCGAAAAAGGUCAUUUUUUUCAUGACAGUAUGUCAUCGCACAGUCAGGGGAGGGGGGGGGGGGGGGGGGGGGGGGGGGGGGGGGGGGUCUAGGGUUCACAGCAGAGUGCAGGGAUAAGAAGAGGCCAGAAGGCUGCAGCCUGACAGAAGUGUGGUUGAAAGUUGUUUCUGCCUGUUGUUCCCUUUCUCAGUUCAAUUACAGACUGAUAUGUUGGGGGUUGUGUUGGUCUGAGUGCUGACAAAUGUCUGCUCCUUCAUUACAGGGCCUGACAGAAGACAUAAUUGCAGUAUCCAUGCCACACUAAUCAUGUUACUGUUUCAUAUAGUGUUCAUUAGGAAUGACUCAGAAAUUCACUUCAUGAGGAAAAGAAUCUGUUUUGCUAGUAUUACCAAGUCACACCACAAAAUGUGAACCUAGUAAACCUUGCAGUGCGAUCUUAUAGCAGUGGACUUAAAUUGAUUAAUUUACCCUGUAGUAAGAUGCCACCAUCCUGCAGGGAAAAGAGGACAGGGCACUCACCAAAUCCACUGCAGUCUGAGAUCAAACUCCGCUUGGGUACAUUUCAACACUACUUCACGCACUGCUCCUUUCCUCACCUCCCUCAUUAUCAGUCAUUUCCUAGCAAGACGUAACUUGGAGGGGAUGAGGGAAGAAAGGGAGGGGAUGAAAAGAGCACUUGUAAAAUUUGGUUCCACUGCAGAUACUUCAGCAUCACAGAUUAAACACCAAAAUUUGACAUGGGAAAAUGCAAAAGGAACACACUAUCCCAUUUAAAACUGAAACUUCAUCAACGUCCGUAGGGGAAUUUUAAAGGGUUAUAUUUUUGUCCAGACCAUCGCUAAAAUAUUUUUCUUCCUCUAGUAAAAGUUUAAGUAGUUCACGUCAGAGAAGCAUGGCUUUUUGAUCAAGCUAUACCUCACACACUUUCUGAAAAGUAUACACUUGAGCAUCCUCCACCGAAAGAGGCUUUUCCCAUCUCUUCUGCAUUUCUAUGACUGGCAACAAAGCUGCAUUAACACCUGUUUCUGAUCACAAAAGAAGAAGAAGAGAAGUGAUUUUUGAACUUUGGGACAUACUCUGCUGUCACACACUACUCGAUUAUUUCUCACCUGCUUGUUGCUAAAGAGAAAGUAAAACAAUAUGUGCAGUAACUCAAGUAUACAUUAGCACCCUUUGAGUUUUUGCACUGUUUGCUGUACUGCAAAUUCACGCAUAAGAGCUGCACAAAGUACUAUAUCAAAGUGAGAAGGAAAUUCUACAAAUUUGUGAAUGCAUACAAUUGAAACAUCUUUGUCUAAAGAGUAUUUAACAAUCACACACCAUUGUGUCAUUAGGAAUAAGCUGGCUUAGAUGUAUUUAGGGUAUCUGAAGAAUGUAUCCUGGCCAGAAUUGAGUUAAUUAAUGCUUCUUUUUAGGACAGUUUUCUUUUUCAUUAAAACUGAUCUUAGAUUAAUUUAAAAAUGUAAAGUAAAAUUAGUUCCUUUAUUAAAACUGAGAACAAUAGGCCAGGCAUUUGGUUUAUGAAUCCACCCAUCUUCCAUCGAAGUGUGUUAAUCACAUAUUUUCUUAUUUUCUGAUCUAAUCUGAUUUUACUGUCCAGUCCAGUGGAGCAACAGGGAAAAGCUUCCCUGAAGUGCACACACUGUGAUCCAAAUUAAACAUCAAUUCCCAUGUCCAAAUUAGGGCUGGGUAUCGUU